AGAACAAUCAGACUGAGCUCAGAGGAGAGACCCACUGUGGGAUGGAGAAAACCGGGAAAACACUCCGUUUCUGAUUCCUCCUGAUGAACUUCAGCAGAAUUCACUUUUUAUUUUUUACUGACAAUGAAAACAGCUCCUGCAGAGGAGCUCAGACCCGAAACCGCUUCUCCUUUAGGGAACUUUACGUCGAGUUUGAAGGAGCUGAGAUGAGAAGAGGAGCCUGAAGCUGUUUCUACUGAGCUAACCAAAGGUAAGACUUCAUAUCUGACUCUGUUCCCUGACACUUAGAGGAAGUAAACCUCUGACAGUUUUAAUAAAGUAGGAGAAAACCUGCAGCUUCAGCAGGUGAGGACAGGACAGGAAACUUUAGAUGGUGCUGAAGAAGUCUGGAGCAAAGUUUAUGAACUAUUUGUUUAAAACAGCCUUUGAAUCCUAACUAAAGAGAGGUUAUAAUGCAGGAAAAUAAUUAAAUAUUUAAAAUGAUGUUUGCUUAUUUUGAUCCAAGUAUUUUUUUUUACUUAGGUAAAAGUGCUGCUAUAAUUCUCAAUGCAGGUAAAAUCAGAGAAAAUAACUCGAGAUGAAGUAAAAAGUGAAAAGGAGGUUUUUUAGAAGUUCUAUUUAAAGCUUUCCCAAUCCUUUGAUAAAGAUUUAAAAGUGAGUAGAAAUCACAGUAGGGCUGCACAAUACUGAAAAAAACUGAUGUUGCAAUAAGUUUCUGUGAUUUAACAUUACAGGUGUGUUUUUUCCCCCCAACAAAUAUAUAUAUAUAUAUAUAUAUAAUUUUCAAUUUGUAACUUUGAGUCUGUUUCCCUCUAACAAAACCAAACUUCUCACAUUUUUACCACUUUUGAUUCAGUUGCUUUACUGUUAAACUGACCCUGAGCUUCCACAACAUUCAAAAGGCAAAUAAUUCAUCGCUUACCUUAACCUCCAUCCAACAGGUAACAUGUGCGUCAUGAUGAAGAAAACAUUAAUUCCACGCAUUAAAUCAUAUGAUACGUCAUUAUGAAAAACUUCAAAUUCAUGUAUUUUGUUUACUGCACCUUCUCACCUGCUUAAAUCGAAACAUUAAACAGGUGAAUCUGAAUCUGAAUUAGGGUUCAGUGUCAAGUUAGUUUGCACAUUUAGAAAGAUGGAGGGCUUUAGUGAAAACCAAUUAAUGCAGAAACAGAGAUUAAUUUUAGUGACCAGUGUGUUUGGGAUUACCGUCGCAAAGUUGUGUGCACACAUUCAAACAUGGCCAUGAAGUUGGUAGUGACACACGUACCUCAUCAAAGUCGUUGAGCGUCUUAAAGUUGAACCAGUCGGCACUUUUAUUUCCUCUGAAAUCCCACGUUGCUUCUGCCUCCAUAGAACGAUUGGGUCCAUUCGCUUUCCAAUGUCCCACUUGAAGCGCAGAUUUCUUUUUUUACAUAACAUAGUGACUUGAUUUCACCUGCCGAAAUUGUCCUGAGAGCCAGAUUUGCAGUUGACGCACAGUCCAUCAAAGUCACGUUUCUUAGUUUGUUCUUCCUCACUUGUUUAAGGAACCUGAUGCAAAUAAAAGACAAAAUCAAAAUCAAACAAUGUUCAAAAAAACUGUGUGCUCCCCAGCUACAGACACACCUGACGCUAAUUGCAUCUUAUUCAACGUAUAUAGUGAACAAACAGAGGAAUUCUGCACAAAUAAUAAAGGUUUCAAAACACAAACCCAAAGAAAAUUUGACAAAUGGUUUUAACAGUAAGUACAUUUUAAGCAGACGAUCUCUGAUGAGAGUUUGAAGACUCUUUGUUUUAUCUUGGUUAUGUCAUUUAAAAUCAAUCUUUUUUGGAGUUUGGACUCAUGAUUGUUAAAAACAACUGCUCUGCAGAUCUCAGGAGGGUCUGGUAUGUUAUCCACUAUCAUUAUAAACAUUUACACACGACAUAAACAUUUAAAACACCGGGCUGGAGAACAUCAUCAGACGGGGUUUGCUUUCAGUCCAGCGACGAUAAAGAACGGACAGCAUGUUUGAAACGGCGAUUAAACUGCAGCACAAACAUGUAACUGAGAUUAGAUGUGAUUCUCUUUUCACCGGGACUUAUUGAAGAGUUGGUUUGUGGAUUUUGUGGGUGUCUGUGCCAGGAGGAUUUGUGUUUUUUCAAUAAUAUGAGAGCCAAGAAUGUCUGCUGCAUGCCGGCAUCGAUAUGUAAUGUUGUUUUUGACACGGUGAACCCUCCACAAGCUUCGUGCCUCCUGCAGGAGAGUCUCAGUUGCACUCUGAAAAGAUUUUCGUGUGCAGCUGUAACACAUGCUUUUAUGCAAUAUUCAUUAUUUUUAAUUUCAUAUUUCCAAAGCCGGCCGUGUCGUAUAAUUGAAUUUGCUAAUGCGUCUCAGUGUGUUGACUCUUCAGUGUCAUGUUAGGUGAUCACAGCUGUGUAAGGCAGGAUUGCUCAAAACAUUUUCCCCCCUGGAGAAAAAUGAUCAUCUCUUAUCUCUUUCUGGGGGAAAUUCAAACAAACAAAGAGACUUUUUCAAUCAAACACUGAUGUACCAACAGUGAGAAUAAUCACCAUCACUCCUGGCCUGUACUGUCAGCGUCUUUUACUGCCUCAUCUUGGACGUGUUCAUGUGUCUUUUAAGGGUCUUUAUCAGCUCAAUGUCUCAUAUUUAACUUCCUCUCAGUGAAACUACAGACAGGUAACCUCCUGGUGUGGAUUAUGAUGUUUUGAAUGUAUCAGCAGCACAAACUGGAGAAUCUGUGAUCUGACUGUAUGUUCACUCUUCCUGCAGCGGAGACUCGUGGUGGUCGUCAUGUCUCUGUGGAUGAUCCUCCCCAUCAGCCUGCCUGUCUUCACCAUCACUGGAAUAUGGGUCAUGUAAGUCCACGUGUUUCGGCCACGUAACACACAGUGUCACAACUCAGGAUUUCGGUCCUGAGAUCCUGCAGCGUCCACGAUCAACUCCACUGUCUGUACAAAGUUCAUAGAUGUAAAACAGUGUCCUUUUUUGGAAGGGGAGAGAACGAGCUUUGUGUUUAUUUAGCGAUUGUUGACGGAGAUUCAUCCUUGAAAUUCCUCUGGGCUGUUCAGACAGGGGUGUGUGUCGCCGCAGUUUUCCCUGUCUUUGACUCACAACUGUCACUCCUCCCCGCGGUGGACUCCUGUCUGAUAAAACACUGCUGAAAUUCCCUCUGGGAUGCUCCUACAACAUUCUAAGGAACCUCUCUGGUUCCCUUUCUGUGGAAAAUGCACAGGAAGCUGCCUCUAGCUGCUCCUCUAAAGGAUGAAACAUGACACAGUGCACACAUGAUAUAGAAGAUGAAGAGGGAGAAGAUGGCCCCUCAAAUAGCCGGAGCCCACCACUCUUCUCCUGAUGUCAAAAACCAACUUCAGGACUAAAAGCUACAAAAAUAUAUCUCCUGAUGCAUCAAAAAACACAUCAUUUUAAACUACGAGUCUUAAGUUACAACUUCAGCAGUGACUUUGUAACUUUGUAAGCCCUCUGUGUGCCUGAGGGGGAUGCAGAAAGUCAUGGGAGUAAUACGUUAAUCACACAGAUAAAUAAACACCAAUAAUCUCUGCAGCAGAGGACAGAUAGUAGACUCUACAAAGUGGGCUCCAAGUGUCUCCUGGGGGCUUGUUAUUGCACUUUUUGGGAUGUUUUCCAGUUUGCAGUUCCAGGUUAUUAACUCUCUGAGAGUUUGACAGACCUCCAAACCAAAAAUGAGUGAUGUCAUGUUUCCUUUAGAGCCGCCAUGUCGAUGCAAAACUUAAAACUCAGGGAUGAAUCUCCAGUUUAACUGCAGACUAGAUCCUCGGACUCAGAAGCAGCUUCCUGCUGCAGUCAGACUUCUCUCCUCACCUUAAACUCUUUUCCUGAAGUUGAAGUCUGACCUGUGUGAGUGUUUCUUUUGUUCCUCCCUUCCUCUUCCUCUCUCUCUCCUCGGUGUGACUGGAUUGACACACAGUCUCCUUUUGUAAAGGCUCUUUCACACCUUCACAGAGUAAGUGUGAGAACGUCUUCACACCCGCUCUCCAAAGCUCUCCCCUCUCAGAGACGAGUCUGUAAUCCCCCUCAUUCUGCCCGACCUGCUGGUCUUUUGACACGUUGACACCCAUCUGCCUGAACAGCUGAAUGACCCAGAAACAUAACUGAAGCAUGUAACGCAGCUUUGGCCUGUUUGUGAAGAGGAAACAGCAGCAGAAAUGAGAGUUAGUUUGUUCGGUUUAAAGCAAAUCAAAUUGAGGUGUGAAGAUGUUCGGAUCAGAGGCUGUUAUUGUCUCUGCAGUUGUCAUCGACUGCAGAGACAAUAAGCGAUCAAUAAGAGCUGAAAUGAUUGUAGUUUGUAGUCAUUGGUCGGGUUUGUUUGCUUAUCUUAUCUGCAGCACUACGAGUCUCAGGGUCACAGAGUGUCACAAUGUUAAAAACUCCUGAUUCGAAGAAGAAUCAAAAAGCUAAAAAUGAAAUGAAACCCUUCAGCACCUCUGUAAACUCUGUACAUACUUGCAAAAUACUUCAAUAUUGAUCAUUGACCAAACCUCCCUAAAAGUUUGGACACUGUUGGCUACAGUCCGAAGUUGAAACAAGCAUUUACAGAUCAUGAAAUUGAAUGUUUACACAGUUUAGUAAAAACACAAAGGAUUGUGGAUCUUUCAACUCUAAAGGUUCUGAUAGCAUUAAAAGAAAGGUCAGGGAGUCGCCAAAGUUAUUCAGCUUUAUCUUCUGGAAACCACGACAUACAAAAACAGUUUGUAUGAAAUUAGGAGCAAAUCCUCUCAGAAGUCACUGAGAUAUUUCAUGAAAUAAAUCAAAACUUUAAGAGGAAAUAAGAAAGAUGACGGUUAUUAUAGGGCUGAAUCUUUCUGACUCUGUUACUGUCUGUUCAUGAAAAUCCAUCAAGUUUGGUCGAUUAAACCGCUGACUGUCAUCACUGUAAUGUCACCAACUUAUCUAAAAAAAACAAAACAAGUUAAAGCCUCGUAGCCGGUCUGUGUGCGUAAAGUUGGUUAUAGUACAGCUGACAGAUUAAAGCAGCGGCGUCUCCUCUGACGUCACAGCUCGGGUUAAAAUACAGCCAACAGCCUCCAAGUGACAAACCCACGGGUGAUUCAAGUGACGGGUGUUUAUAAAGUGAGAAAAGACGCCGCACUUUAAAACCUGGACCGCCAUUAAUCGCGUCACAAAUGACGUUGCUUUCAAGUGCUUCAGUCCUGUGAGGAAAAUAGAGCUUUUCUCCUCCUGUGACUGAACAGCAGAGCGGUGACGGUCAUGUUUUAUAGAGUUAUAUCAAAGUCGAAUGAUUAAAGGAAGAAUACCUUGAAUAUUGUUGUUUCUUGUUCACGUUCAGUUCUCUAACAAAAGAUCGUCUUUGUCUCUGACUCACAGAUAUGCAAUGGCGCUGUACAACCAGCACGUCUGUCCUGUGCAGAACUGGUACGACACACACACACACACACACAAACACACACAAACACCAAUCCGUGAUGUCUGUAAUGUCUCCAAUUAUAAAAUACUUCUAUUACAAAAAUACAGAUACAUAUAUAUAUGUAGACUAUGGGAGAAAUACCGAUCCAAAACAAUGAAUGCAUUUAGUACAAAACCUGAACUGUAGAUUUAAUAAUUCUUAUGUCAUAGCGCAGAUUGCAGGACGCUGCAAAGUUAGUACUGAGAGUCUCCAUCCUGCAAAUGUGCAACAAAGCCCGGUCAGUGAUUAUGAAUAAGUACAUGUUGUGAAACGUCCCCCACUCUCAUCUGACGUGUUUAUUUAGCAUUAAUUCAGGGACAGGUCCUUUCCUUAACUCAUGGUGGGCUUCCUUCAGGAAUCUUCAAUGAGGCCUCAGCUCUGCACUUCCUGGCAGGUUUAUAGACCUUAAAUCAAACACAGGGAGGACUGAGAUGGACAGAUGGGGAUGAGGAGUGGACAUGGAGAAAUGAAAAUGCUGCACGUGUUGAUAUAAGAGGAGAAAGAGUACAUGCUGGUGUGAGGGAGGGGGGAGAUGUAAGGCUACAGUAAACUAUCAAUGUAAGCAGAGAGAAGGAAUGAUAACAAGAGGAGGAGGAGGAGGGGGAGGAAGAUAAACUCUUUUAAGGCAGAUGGAUUUAUCUCUGAACUGGAGUCCAGUCUUGGUAUUUGAAGCCUAAUCUUAAAUCAAAACCAGCUGACAGUUUACUUCAUGAAAGUACAGUCCCAGCUGGUACAGAGAGAUCAUAAAUAAAACAAAGUACUGUACGUCGAAAAUAAUUCCUGGUAUCAUGGCUCCAGAAGCUACCAGAACACCUGCUGUGUAAAGAGCUCGUGUAGAUCUGCAACAGAAAACAAGUAGAGAGUAAAAUAGUGAUCAGAAAAUAGAGCAGCAACAACAACUCAAAUACUGAAACUUCCACUUCAAGAAAACAUCUCAUUUAAAAGUUUGAUGCCAGAAACGAGUUACACCGAUGAUUUCUAAAAAGACUGUCACAUUUCAUUCAGAAUUUUAGUGGUAAAAAAUCUUAUUUUUCCAUAUCAGGGUUAUACUGUGAUAAGGUUUUUCUUCUCAUGAAACAUCUGCAUGAUAUUAAAGUUCGUUCGGAGCUCUGAUGUCGAAAGUGUCUUCUCACUGGACAAUUGGUAAACCCUCGUACGUCUUCAAGCUUGUCCUUAAAAUACGAAGCAGAAGCAGUGAAGCGUUUAACUGCUAUAAAGAGACAUUUUACCCAGAUUACUUUGGUUUAUCUUUCACCGUCUUUUACGUGAGGCAUGAGCCAUUACGUAAAGAGAUGCUCAACCAUUAACAGAGUACCGACACCUUUGCUUACUUAGGAUUUAUUAUGCGGGAUCGAAGAGGAUAAAAAUUAAAAGUUUGAACCCUCUAUGGGUCAAAUGAGUGUCAGAAAGCUCAGCGGAGACUGAAAUGACCUUUAAUGCAAAGUUAAAAAAACAAAGCGAGAGUACUGUGUCUAAAGUGUGUGCAUGUGUGCGUUUCCAGGCAUUAUAAUGAGUCCUGUGAGGAGCCGCUGCCCCUACAGAGGGGUCCUGUUCUGUGCUGCACGCUGGACAACGUCCCCCUCAUCAGGUGAGUGAACACAGUCAGGUCCUCCAGGUGUGUUCAAACCGCUGCUGUGCAUUUACCUCAAACCUCUGAGGGUGUAACAAUCAGGGAUGUUUGUCUCCUGAACGUGAAACAAACAACUAACCAUUGUUGACUCGGAGCUGCUGUUUCUAGAAACCACAGAAAAAAGUUCCUUUGUGCACAACAAAAACAGUGUGAACAUGAUGUGACCGCAGAUACUGAAUUCUAUGAAACAAGAGUCUGACUCACUGUGGUCUGAAGCUUCCAGCCGCCAUUUAUAUUCCUGCUAUUUGUAUUUCUGCAUUUAUAAAAUAUAUAAAACACGCUGCCAGAAAUUGAUGUUGCAAGAGAACAUUUAACAGUCAGUGGUUUUUGGUAUCCGGGGCUGUGGUUGCCUCAGAGCAAGACGGUUCCUGGUUUGAUUCCCCCCCCACAGGCCAGGCAGGGGCCAUCCUGUGUGGAGUCUUUUCAGCUUCCUCCUGCAGUUCUUAGGUGUGAGUUUGUGCAUGAACGGUUGUUUGUCAGUAAAUGUCAGUCCUGUGAUAGACUGACAGCCGGUCCAGGGUGUACCCCGUCUAUCACCCAAUGACAGCUGGGAUCGGCUCCAGUCCUGCUGUGACCUCGAACGGGAUCAAAGUUUUUUUCUAUCCAGUAACGGCCAAAAUCAACACAAACUGUAAGAAUCUGGUUAACGUCUUGACUUAUUACUUUCUGUUCAUUCUGACCGCCUCUUACAAAAUCGUUGUUUUGCAAAGCAUGCAGAACUAAGAAGGAGAACUGUUUGAAUCAUGGCACCGUCCCUGUAAAACAUCUAAACUAAAUGUAGAAGACGGUACGUUUAGUUCUGGAGUCUCAUGACUGUGAGAGUUUGGGGCAGCUGCAGUGUCAGUCGUCUGAUGAGUCCACACUCGUCCGUCUGAGGCUCAGUGUGGGACGGGGGGACCUAUUCACCUCCACAGGAAGAAGAGCUUUUGUUAUGUGUAGUGGAUCCUUCAGCGCUCUUUGAAACGUCUCCACACUGAGACACAAAAUGUAAACAAAGGAUUCUUCUUCCUGCGUAUGGCGACAGUCAGCAGUCCGACUGAUGAACGAGGGUUCAUGAUGCUGAAGGUGCAACGUACGGGAAAAAUCCGUCCUCAGUUUGAAGUUGUGCAGCAUUUUUCACAUUGUUUUUUACUUGACCUCCCUCUGAGACCCUGUUCACCCAUUUAUAGACAUUUUUCCUCUCCUAAACAGCUGUCGCAGAAAAACGCUGGCAUGCUUUAAUGCCACAAAGGAAACAUACAUGGCAGCGCCGCUUCUUCAGGACUAUUUUUAAGGAGUUUCUCCCAAAGAGAGCUGCACUUAAAAAGCACAGGACCAAAACCUUACUGGGGCGUAAUGGAUCUGACCUGGACUUGCACAAGAACUCGUCUGAACUUGCUCUUUAGUUCCCUUGAGUUCACAUAAAUAACCCCCCGCUCUCCUCUGUGUUUUCUCUGCAGUAAAUGUGGGACUCUCCCUCCUGAAAGCUGCUUCUUCAGCCUCAUCUGCAGCACCGGCUCCUUCAUGGGUGAGUAUCUGUGCAGGUUUUUCGACUUUUGGCUUUAGUGCCUUUCACACUGACUCAGUGGUGUCCCCUUGUUUCCUGUACUCCUGUGUUGGUUUCAUUUCUCCGCUUAGUUGAGCUGGUUUCUGCAUUAAUGUGCUUUUACCUGACAUGCAUUAGCGGAGUUGGCACAAUAGUGAAGGCAUACCGGGUCAAAUACUGUAAAAACAGGUUUCGGAUUCUUCUUUUUUUACUAAGAUGGAUCAAGAACAACUUGAGCAUGAACAGACAGCUUCUGUAGGUUCAAAGUCAUAUGUGGAUCUGAUAGAAGACGUUCAAAUCAGGUCUUUGACUGACUUGGAUGGAUCGGGUUUCGGGGUACGGGUGGACUGUUUAUGCACAAGUUUCUGCUGCAGUUUGUUCCCCCCGGUCAUAAACCCCUGGACAUGCCCCCCCUGUCCAGACUUGUUUUCUCAGCUGUAACGACUCCAGCCGAGUCUCUGCCCCCCUCCCACCAACCUCUGCCAUGUCCUACAUCACCUCUUCUGGAGGGAAAAUUUACUCAAGGCCAUGAAUGGUUGGGUUUUUACUCCUCACAUGACCCAGGAACCCAGGAGUAUUCACCCUCUGACCACGAGGGCAUUCCCUCCGCUCUGGUCUCCGCCAAAUCUACUUGAAACCAGCUAUUUUAGGUGAUUUUCUCUGGUCCAAAGCUCAGAGUCCAGGCGGUGCAUAUUGAUUUUUGUUUGUUUGUGGAGUUUAACGGGUCACUUUGAUUUGAUUCAACUUUGUGCAGAUAAAGAUAAAGCAGAAGUUUCCUUUUAUUUAAAGAAAAUGUCGAUAUUCAGCAAGCCUGUUAUCAGUCGGAGAGGUUUUAACUUGUGAGCAGUGUUAAGGUCGAGUCAUCAAACCUCAAGUAGAGGAUGAGUUUGAACGACUGAAGUAGUGGCCAAGUCUUGUCCAAGUCCAGACUUCAGUACUUUCGUGAUACUCCUUCCACCACAAAGUCACUUUUGACUCCUCAAAUAAGUCAUUGGGGAGUUUUUGAGGUCGAAUGUUUCAUUCAAGAGCGCGGUGGUGUUUUCCAGUGAAGCUCUUGUUGUGUCGUGGUCCAUCACAAACAGUUGUAGAUCCUUGAACAUGUGCACAGGUAAAACAGCGAUUCUGAGUACUUGACAGGAUACAGCGAAAUAUUCUAACACCCUCCAGUUAUGAAACUCUUCUCCUGAAUACACCCAGGACCUUCAGGCCUCAGACAACACAAAAGCGAGCAGGAUUUCAGCUCAUGUCUUUGUGUAGAAAAGCUGAGACAUUGUAGUGUUCGUUACAUAAUGGGGUGAAGGAGUGUGCGUUUGUCGUACACACGUGUUUGUUUGAACGGCGCUGUGAGACUUUUUGAUGUGGUGUUUUAGAGGAAAAGGGUUUGGUUCAAGAGUAUGGAGAGUGAAGUGCUGCUGAUCACGUAGACCUCCAUCACUGCAGAUGACGAGACUCUCCGUACUCCGUGUUUGGUCAUUGCGAGGUUGUUUUUUUGUUCUUUUCGGCGAUCUCAAACACAGAAAACAUUAAUCUGAUUUCAGUCGAGUCUUGCUUGGACGCACUGCUGCGCUCAAAUGAUGUUUCAGCAGACGGUUAAACCCUGACCUGAGUGUCCCCGCUGGACUCUGUAUUUUUAGUCUUUUUAAUCAUUGAAUCUUCGUAACCUCACACUCCUGGUUCUCCAGAGUUUCUUCAGUGAAGGCCUUUACGAUGUUCAACCAGCUCUUUGUUUACCAGUUUAUUGAACUCAGAGGUACACCGAGGUGGUGUGUGUCAAACGGGGAAACCCUCAGAUAACCCGCUGAAUCAAGAGUAACUGACCUCCGAGUCUGCAGCUGGGUGAACACCAUGAAGAUAAAAACAGUCGCUCUGAGUGGAUUGCAGCGUGCCGAGCUCCAGAUGUGAUCUGCAUGAAGAUCAGAGGAAAGUGUUGGAGAGGAGAGAGAAACUGCUGCGAAGCUUUGAAGAGCAGUUUGAUAAACAGCCGAGAGGAAUCUGCUCUCACUGAGAUCUGCAGCUUCAGCAUUUAGAGUUUCUAACGAUCCGCUGAGAUCUUUGAUGCUGCUGCAGCGUCCUGAGACACGAGGGAGAGUCAAGAUUCCUGCAAGAAACUAGGAAAUGUUCUACUAACAACUACAGGAGGAAAAACCUCAAGGAGCAAUGCUGACCAAGUGGUCUAUGCAUGUAACUCUAAAGAUGAACCUCAGACGGGGGCGAGGGUUUUUGCCACAGUGUCAACAGGCCGAAGUGGAUUCAUUUGAUAUGGAUUAAUCAUUGUUUGGGGGGGUCUAUGUUUUAUCUAUAUAUUCUUUCUUCCUCCAGUGAUGCUGAUCGGUCUGAUGCGUUACGCUCUCGUCAUCGAGAAACAUCAGAACUGCGUCCUGAACACGGCCGGUCUCUCCACGUCCUGGAUAUGUGCUGCUGGACUCAUCAUGGUGGGAAACUUCCAGGUAACCAACGUCGCCUCAAACACUUAGAAAGCCGAAAACAUACGACCAUAUAUUCCCACACUGGCCUCCUCCGCUUUAAUCUCUCUCUCCAGCAGGGGUUACACACACAAACAAAUUAUUGCUCGGUAAUGGUUACAUAAAAAACAAUCAAAAUUACAGCCCGUCCAGAAAAAUGCAGCGUUUUCUGAAGUUUUGGUUGCAUAAUUUCUUACAUAAUUAUCAAAAAGCUUUCAGUCACAGUCAGACUCGCAGAUUUCUAUCCCUCGGUUGGUGAUUCCUGUCUUUGUUUUCACUGAAGGUGGAUGUUUGAUGUUUUUCUGCAGAGUAACUCAGGCGUGGUCUCCCUGCAGUCAGCGGGGUGUUUCUCCUCCGAUCUUUGACUCGCGUGGUCGUUAAACUCUAAACACACUGAAUCUAAAGUUGUAAAGAUGUCGGACGCUGUUCGGGUUUUGCAGCUCGGAUAUAUCAUUUUGUGGUUUUUGGGUCAGCGCCAUGGAGACGGAAAGUCAGGUGUUAUUAAACGUCAAAGAUGAGGGUAUAAGGAGCCUAACUAUCAUGUCAGUCAAGUACAAGGGUAUUGGACAGAUUUACAGUAGAGGAGGGGCGCUACAGAGCAGAAACAAGCUCCAACAUGUGGGUGAAGAUGCUCAGGGACACUCUGUAUGUUCAGACACACACCUGCACACAUACCUCUGCAGGGCUGAGAGUUUCCAUGGCCUCAGGUGUCGGCCGAACAUGUGCUGACUGUGGAGGGUUCACAGGAAUGAAGUUCAGGAUUUGAAUUUUACCCUGAUGCAGAUUUUCAUGUGUCGAAGCGUGUGCAGACCUGGACAGAAAACAUGUCCUGCAGUGGACUAACCAAUACUCGAAGAGUUUUACUUGACUUAUUAUGUAACAGUCCAGUUCACAGCAGAACAAAUACGAGUGAAAAAGUCUCACAGCUGAGGGAAGUGGAUUUAGAGAAGAUGUUUGGCUCUGGUGUCCAUCAUCUUUUCUUUGAUGAUACCUCAGAGAUCUUCUGUGGGGUUUAGGUCAGGCCACUUAGCUGGCCAAUCAAACACAGUAACACCAUGGGGUCAGCAAACUAGUUUCUGGUCAUUUGGCGCUGUGGGCAGGUUCCAGGUCAGAGUGGAAAAGGACAUCUGGUUCUUCUUAAAGCUUCUCAGCUGAUGGAAGCAUGAAGGUCUUUAAACUUUCCUGGUAGACUUUAGGUUUCGUUUACUCUGGACUUGAUAAAACAGAGCAGCAGAUGACAGACUGUGGAAACUUCAUGCUUGAUUUUUAUCUGAAACCAGGACUCUGGACCACUGAGCAGUAGUCCAGUUCUUCUUAGUUCAGGUGAGGCUCUGGUUCAGGGGUGUCCUGACCAAAGUACGUUUAUGGGACUCGUCUGUGUGUGGUGGUUCUUGAUCCUCUGACUCCAUCCUCAGUCCAGUCCUUGUGGAGCUCCAUGAUGUUCUGUUGGACGUGAAGAUCUGAUGUCUUCUUCCACUGAACACGUGUGUUAGUGUCAUCCAUCAGAGCUGUUAUGACUCUGAGGAAAGAUCAGCUGUGAUACUCAGAAGUGUGUGUGCCGUAAGAGGUGGUUUGAGCUCCUCAUCAGUGUGUGUGUGUGUGUGUGUGUGUGUGUGUGGUUUGAGCUCCUCUGUCUGCACACGUCUGGGCCCCUCUAACUUAAUUUUAGGGGAGUACGCCGCACAGUUCAUCCCUCAUCAUUUUGGCCUCUCAGAGUUUGGGUCCGGUCCUCUUCUGUUCUCUGAUUGGCUGAAACUUCCCCUCCCUGCCUCCUUCUUACAUAAUGAACCUCAGUGUUUUGACUCUCAGUAAACAUGGGACGAGUCCUUCGGGGGGAUUUACUGUAGAAACGUGCCUGAAACCCACACUGGGGUCACUGUUUACAUCCACAGAUCAAGUGCUGAUGUUGAAUCAGAGUUUCUGGGAACCAUGAAUGAGACGGAGAGGCUGCACAGAGGAGGCGAAACUUUCACUGAUCUCACUUUUCUCUUAGUAUCUGGAGUUUAAUGGGUAGAAAGACGCUGAUACAGAUGGUUUGAUAUAAUCAUGUUUGUUCAGUGACAUUUUUGUCCUUGAUUUAAUGGUUUCGAUGAACAAUUUAAUUGUUUAGAUGACAGAAAAAGUGAAAAAAAGCCAACCACAGCCCUUUUUGUUGUUUGAAAACAGUUUGAAGCUUUAAAAUCCUACCAUUUUAGAAUCAAUAAUUGUAGAUUAUUGGGCACUUUUCUUUAAUAUUGUCAUGAGUAAUUAUCUGAAAUGUUGCUGAUAAGUUUGCUUGAGGUCCUCUUUUGGAUUCAUCAAACCUGUGAGUCCACCCUGUCUAACUUUUCUUUACAAUAUUGAAGAAAAGCUAUAAAAACAAGGAUAAGGGUGAUUAAAUAAUAAAAUACAAAAAUUCAGAUACUUACCAGAAUUCUGAGUUUUAAGUCAAAUUUAGACUUUUUUCUCCGAAUUUGAAGAGGAAAAAAAGUCAAGAAUCUGACUGCAAAAGCAAAAUUCUUUUUUUUCUGACCCCAAAAUUCAGAUUCAAGUUGGAGUCUUAACUAAAAAUUUUCUAAGGAAUUCUAAGGAAAAACCCUGAAUUCUCAGAAUUUUGAGAGUUUAUAAACCUUCAUUUUUUAAUUGUGAAAUGCCAGGAAAGUUUAAUUGUUUUAAACUAUUGGAUAAAAUAGUUUUCUUGGAUCUUUUAAAGACUGAAUGCAUGAGCAAAUUGAACACUUACCUUUUUGAUUCAGGAGCUGUUCCUCUCUUCAGUUUCUAAAAGAAAACAAAGGUGAAUAAAAGUUAUAGAGUAACUGUUUUCUCAUUUUCAAGCUUACACUGAAUUUCCCUUUGGGGGUAAAUAAAGUUAUUCUUAUUCUUAUUAACUCACAAAAUGUCCUUUUAGUUUUCGUGCUCCGGGUGGUCCUCUCAUUUGGCUUCUGUAAAACAAAAAACAGGUUUUAGUUUCUUUUCUUCACCUCUUAUAAAUUUACAAGUGAGAAGAUCAGCAGUCGGAUCUCUAAGUGCUUUAACGAGGAAACGGUUCCCCUGUAGAGCUUCCUUCUAAGUGCUUAUGUGUCUCUGAGUUUCAUUGUUUGGGGAGUAAAUCCUGAGAGAGUGAUCCGGCCUCAAAAACACUUCUUACACUUGGACAUAAAUGGAGAUUUUGAGCAGGUUUGUGCAGAAAGAAAGGCUCAUAAAGACAGAGUGUCCCUGUAAUUACACGGCCUCCAACAGCUGCUUUAUCUCCACAGAAACUCCUGCGUCAUCCACUAAACUCUGUGUUCAGACUGUGUCGUCACCAGAACACGAGUUCAUGUGCACAGAUUAGAGAUCCACCUCCUCUAUCUGUGUCGCUGAAAAUGAGAACGGAACACGGACAGAUACUUUAUCAGCUUCUGUUUACCGCCAUCAUCGCAGCGGUUUCUCCUCUGUGCUGAUUGUGGUGUGAUGUUCAGGGUUAGAUCAGUGACAAAGUGGUCGACUAUCAGGUCGAAAUGAUCUGUGUUUUCAGCCGUGUCAUAUUCCUGUUUUUGUGUUUCAGGUGGAUUUUGCUAAAGUCCUGCACUACGUGGGAGCAGGAGUGGCCUUCCCCUCCAGCAUGCUGUUUGUGUGUCUGCAGUCGGCUCUCACCUACAGACUGGCCAAGACUCAGGACGAGUAUCGGAUGGGACACCUGCGGGUGAUGAUGGCCCUGCUGGCUCUGGUCGCUCUGGUCCUCAGUAUCCUUCAUUCAGAAAACAACCGAGUGUUUCAACUUGAAACCAAAAGCGUCAUUUGUCUCUUCAAAGUUGACUGUCUGAAGUUUAUCAAUGUUGAUUCUGAGGUUGUGUUUAAGUUGUGUGACAUGGCCCCCUGCUGGGGAAAUACUGCUGUAACAUCCUAAAGAUGUGUCGACAGCAGAAAUCACAGGCAGAUCUCAGGACAGCAGGUUCCAGUUUGCAACAUGCUGAUUAUUUUCUCCCACAAUCCUCUGCACUUGAUAUUUUCAAAGUAGCGUUACUCACAGACUGUAUAAAACAUAGAUGUACUUUGUGUUGGGGUUGAGUCCCCCAGUGUAAAAUGUGCACAGGCCCUAAUUUGACUAUUCACACAGGCUGGGUGUUACUUUAGCUUCCUGAGAUUUUUCAGCCGGUCUCCAGUGGACACUAGAGGAACUGCAGUUCAGUUUUCACCCCUGGAGGCUGCUGCUUUGGCAUAAGUGGUAAAAAAGUACAUAUGUCCACCAUCGUUUUCAACUCUGGCUUUGGCUUUUACGUGGUCUCAGUCACACACAGAGUCAAAACACACAAGGACCCCAAAGGGACCCUAAAUUUUAGUGCCAAUAACGUCACCCUGAAAGCCAUCUUCAACAGUUUUCUGAGAGAGUAUUUAAAAAGUUUUACCAGGUAAAUAAACUUUUUCAUCCCAAUAGAACAUGUUUAAAUUGAGGGUAGGACCCUUGUAAUGGGACAUUUAAUGACCUUGUCUCCUUCCUCCUCUGCAGCCAUUGUUCUCCUUAACUUCUGAUCCUCAGGCGGCGUUUUCUUCUGCCAGCAGAGCUUCAUCCUGCAGCACACCUCCGCCAUCUUUGAGUGGAUCUACUGCAUGCUGAUCAUGACCUUCUACGGGACUUUUGCCUUCGAGUUUGGUGGCAUUACAGGAGACACACUCAUGGUCCUGUCCAGAGGAGGAGGAGGAGGGGUGCUGAGCUUCGCCACAUCUGGACACAAGGCAGAGGUGGGAGGGGGACCGAACCACCGCCAGCCGGAGAACUUAUCCAUGCUGUAACCAAACUGUGGGACGUUUCAGCAAACCUGAGAGACGCAAAGACUGAAUCAGGAGCCUGAAGCUGCUUCCUGCAAAUCCUCACGCUCACUGCUGUACACAGAGCUGCUGGACUGAGAAGAGACCAAAGAGAAACUUUAUCGCGCUCUGUAACCGUGCUAAUCGCUGCACAGGACUAAAAAGUGCCUUAUAUGAACACAAACUCCAGCAGAGAGUUGCACACGGCCCCGACUGUUUGUUUUCACUCUCUCUGUGAAACAAUCCGACUGAAUUCUUGGCUGAAGCCGCCGUCUAACAGAUCUGACGUCCUGAAAGCUCCUCUGAUUUCAAAGUUUGUUUGAAUGUUUGGACGUUCAGACACUGAGCUCCGUAUUGUUUGAAACCUCAGGAAGUUUUGUUACAUAAUCCGCUUCAGAAGUCAGAAGAAGUUUGUUGAACACAUGAAAAGUUACUUUGUGCCAGGAAACCGUUCUUUUAAUGUGGUUUAAUCGUACUUUUGUGUUUGAUACCCCGGAUACUGCCAAAAUAAUCUGUGCCUUAAUAUUGAACACUCUCUGAAAUGUAUUUGAAAGAUUUCCAGUUAUGAUACUCGCCGAGUUUGGAGGUAUUUAUGCCAAAGUUUCUUCUCCUACCGGCCUGAUAAGCUUUGUUGUAUAUUUGGAGGAAUCUUGUAUCAGCUCUUUGCCAAACAAACUCGGAUCUUUUCUCUCUGUUACAGUGAGAGACUCACAGUUAUGAUGGGACCAACUUAUUCAGCGAGAAAGAAGCUGUCAUGCUGUAUUUGAUUGUAUAUGAAAAAGCCUUUCUAAGAAAAUAAUGUUUUAUAUUUUAAGCACCAAAGAAUUAAAGCUGUCAGCAGUUAUCUAUUUCUUAUUAUUCUCCCUGCGUGGUUUUUGUUCACAUAUCUGGGUGUGAAAAAGACGUUUUAGAGAGGCUGAAUCUAUCAUAAGUAAAUUUAAUAUGUUCAGAGUAAACAGUCCAACAGUUUUAGAGUACUGCUCCUUCAUGUGAAGGUGCCAAGAAUUUGUAGAUGUCAAGAUCUACAGUAAAUAACAUCACUAAAAAUGCUGAAAGCCAACGCUGGAUAGCUGUGAUCCUUCAUUCAUGCAGCACUGACAUGACUCUGUAGUGAAAAUAACUGCAAAGUCUCAUAUUCACUUCCAAAAACUAUCAACUUCAAACGCACUUCAUUACCGCAUCCAUUCAGAUGACAAGAGGAAAACUGUCCUGUGGUCUGACAAGGGAGAACGCUCGGUGAACGGGUUUCUCUGUGAACCAGGAUCUAGAUGGAGUGAGCCUAGACCCUGACUCGAUCUGCAGCAAAAAGACUUUCCUUCAAAUCAUGAAAAACAGCUCAGGCUAAACGUGCACAAACACCACGUCGAGUUCAACAAAGCUGCUGAAGUAGUUUCAGACAAGCUGUUAAGAUAAAGCAACACUAAAUCAUCUCCCCACAGAUUAAACUCUUCUGUGAAAUACAGAGGAAAUACGACGGUGUUAACAGAAUAAAAUACCGGAGUGUGGAAGUAAAGUCAAACAAAUACAAGCUGAUCCUCUAAAAUCUCCUCUGAGCCACAUUAGAAGAAGGUCUGAAGACUCCAGGAGAGAAGUGAAGCACUGAAACCCUGAAUAUGAAAGAUUCCUCGUGUAUUUUCAGAGGAUUUGUGGAUGUUGGUCUAGCUUUUCCUUUUACCUGAGACGUUUCUAACCCGUGGGCAGUGCCGGCAGCCGAGUGGUCCCAGAGAAAACCUCAUCCUGUGAAACCAUGAGUCCAUGAUGACCUUCCUGCCCGUCACCGCAGCAUCGCCCUGAUGGAAACAAAGACACAGAUUUAUUUAUCAAACAGAAUCAUAUUGCAUAAAGAAUGACAUUCUCUAUCUAUAAAGAAAAUAAAUAGUUAUCAGACACUGUUGCUCCAGACCAAACUGGGCCCCAAGAAACUCUGAUUUGUGGACAUAUAAUGAGCAGUUAUCAGUGCAGUGCUGCCCUCUAGUGGACAGAAUCAUGUUGACACUAACCACAGUCAACUCUGGCAGAUAUUCCCUCAUUUUAACAGCAUUGAAGUUAUUCUUUGGGUAAAACGCAAAUAUGACAAAAUGAAAAAAAUCCAAAAUAAAUUAUCUGAAUGAGUCUUAAUAAUGAAUGAGUUUUUCUCAGUCUUAGAGUAAAAGUGUGGGCUACACAGAGCUGACUUGCUCAUCAACUUGUAGCUACAGACUUAAGUUCUUUUUAGGUUUUUAAGUAAAUUUUUGAAAAAUCUCUUAAAAUCGUCAACAGUUUUUUUGUUUUUGACUCUUUUAUUUUAAUAAAACGUUUAAUAAAAGAUCCUUCAGUGAGAUUUAAUACCCUGUAAGAGUCAAACAGUUAGCCAAAUUUGUUUUAUUGUUCGUUUCCAGGCAGUAAUACUUCUAUUUCGAGGCAGUCUGUGAUUUGUUUUUUCUUACCCAGCUGAUCUUUGACCACUAGAUGUCAGUGUGAGGCAGAAGCUCUGUUCAUACUGUACAGAAACAGUCAUGUCAUGGUCCAUAACUCUGCACAGGCUGAUGGAAAUCUUAUUUCAAUACCAUACAGAGUCUUUGCUGCCCUCUAGUGGUUACGUGUCAGUCUAAACAUUGAUUUCAUGAUUUCAAUCUGAUUCCAAACACACCACACCCUGUUACUGUACAUUGUGUGUUUGUUUUUUUGUUUUUUGGCUUCUCACUGUAGAUCAAAUUUCUCCCUCAGGGACGACAAAGCUCUGAAUUAAACUGAACUGAACCUCUGAGGGGAAACAUUUCCAGUUACUCCUCUUUUAUUUGUUUGUUUUUUUCCAGACUAAGGAGCCGGAAGAUGUGAGCGUCAUUCAGAGAGCUCACUAGUGUGGUGGGGGGUGUUUUGUCUAAUCUAGAUGCCCUGUCACAGUCAGCUCCUAAAUACUCGACCCACUCUGAGACACAGUCUGUAACUCUGAGGAGAGCAGACUCUUAGAGUGAACUUUGAUUUAUAAAGAAAAUAAAGGUUUGGAAGAAGAGGCCAGAAGCUUUUUCUGGAGGUUUUCUUAAAGCUUUGAACCCGAGUUCAGAGCAGAAGUUUCAAGAACAAAACAGGAGUUUUCUAAAAUGUGAGUUUUUGCUGAACCUUGUGUCAAAGCAGGAAAACAGUAAAUCUGCGAAAACUAAGAACUAUUCUUGGUGAUAUAUCCUGAUCAGACACUUCCUCCUCAAUAUUAAUGUUGCUGCAGUUUUUACAACUUUCAGCAGACUCUAAGUACCUACUUAGACAGAUUUUUGUACCUGGAGACAUUUCAACCUCAAAACCCUUAAAGAUACCCAGCCUGGGUUUAAAAUAGUGGAAUCCUCCUUUAACAGGACUUAUGUAACCUGAAGACACAGGAGCAGCAUCAGUUACCUGCACUGACUUUGUUCAACCAUUGGUUCAACAAAAUGUUAUUUAAUGAGCUUUAGAGGUGCUGAGAGGUGGACUGGACUGAGACGCAGACAGGCUGUCUCUAAUAUCUUCACACAGGGCUGAGUGAACCAGCUGCUGCAGAUCCAUAUAUGUCAUACAGACAGACGUGUGUGUGUGUGUGUGUGUGCUUUAUGGAUGUCUUUAUCUGGUUUAAUGGCAGAGAAGCACUUUCCCCGAGAGUCAGAGGCUAUUUCUCUAAAGUACUUUCCAAGUGACACUUUAACCUUGUGACGCUAAUCUCCACUUCCUGUCAGGUGUGCGACAGAUUUAACCACGGCUCGGUCACAGAGGCGUCUCCUCCAGGUACACAGACUGCAGACCAUACGAGGAUUUAAAGGGUGUGUAAAAGGAGAUUUUCAGCCUGAGAAGGAUCCCACAGCAACACCUGGUCCACAGUUAACUCCACCACAGGACAAAUCCAAUCAUCUUCAACCCCACAGCCAGAAGCAGCUGCCACAAUGGGAAGGUUUCCAAACAGAGAGUGGGAGAGAAAGACAGAGAGAAGGAGAGUCAGACAUAAAGGAAGCACAGAGUGCCAACACAUCACCGCCUCACAUUCCCAAACAGAUCCCGGCCUCAGAUAUUCCACUGCUGAGCGUUUUUCUCGACUGGGUGUUAAAGUUGGCACCCAGAGUGUGACAGCGAGAGGCCACAGACGGGCCGGUGAAAGACGGUGACACAAGGGCGCUCUGUUCAGUCCCUCAGACCCUCCUCUGCUCUAUGUGCCAAGACUCGACCUCUGUGAGCUGGAAACACUGAGCUGCUGCUGGAGCUGCAGUCCGGCCUGGAUGUCUCUGACACACAAUCACAGCAUGAUCAAAUAAAAAACAACUAAAGCCACAUCUCCCAAAAUAAAUACAAAUAUGAGGGUGGAGCAACAUAAUAGACCUUAAAAUCAUCGAUCCUAAAAACAUUCAACUUUAUGAUUUAUCCACAACACCGGCUCUGUGACUGAAUCCUCUUUAGAUCAGACAUCGCCACAUAAAGUUAUUAGUUUUUAUGCUUUUAUUUUGAUGUUUUUUCUGUCAUUUGCAGAGGUUGCUUGAUUUCCUGUAUUGUAAAACUAUACUUUUAUUUUGAAGUAAAUUAAUUCAGGUAGCUCUUGAAUUACAGACCUGCAUGAAGGCAAAACAGACGCCAAAUAUUUUCUAGUUUUUCAGACAGAGCUGAAUCAUCACUUGGAGGGCUGCUACAGCUAGUUUACAAGCAGCUGCUGCUUCUUCGUCUGUGACCACCAGCUUGAAAAAACACUGUAUGUACUCUAUAUUCAGUAUGUGUACACUAAGAUAAACAACUCUGUCACUAAAAUACUCCCUGAACUUUGACCUUCUUGCUCAAACCAGACUGUAAAAUUAAAAUGUUCAUGAAAAGAUCGCUUGAUUGAAAACUGAAAAUGCCAGAGGGGUUGAAGUGAGCAGGAAAGACUAAAGAGACAAUCGAGCAAACAAACUGCAAAUGCAAACAAAGGAAGACAGAUAUCCGCUUCUCAUGGUACACCGCAUUUACAUACAUGAGAGGAAAACUAAAUGUUUUUUUUUUUUUUUUAUGUUCUCUUCCCAUCCAUGAUCGUCAUCUGCUUUAAAUCAAACAAACAGAAACAGACAAUAAGAAAAAGAAAAACAACAGUCAGAGCUCCUAACCUGGCCUCUGUUCAGGAAUUCUUGGUGCGCAGACUUUCAGGAAACUUCCGGAAACAUCGCUGCGAAGGCACUGAACCCCAGACAGAACAAAACAUCUUAACCGUGACAGAUCUGUGAACAAGAAAACAGAGACAUCAGCCUCAUAUAGUCUCCUUUUCUCAUUAUAAAGUAAUCUAAUUCAGGUCAGUAGCUUGGGUGUUCAUCUUGUCUCUAUCAUGUAAAUAUUGUCAGGUGUAAUGAGCAGUGAUCGUUACA